AUAAAUUAUACUAAUGAAUAUGCAUACCAAUUUGUAGAGUUAACCUAUUUCUCACGCUCUUUGUUUAUAUAGAGUGUAUUCAUGCAUAUGCGCACAUUAUCUUAUUGCAUGUUACGUGUACUAUAGAAUUAUGGCGGAUCUCAGUCACUGCGCAGAACGUGACGAAAAUUGUCCGAGAAACGAGCACACCUUAUUACUUCCAUCAUGGUAUAAGCACCGGACAUUCUUUUAAUUGAAAUUCAGUAAAGAUACUUGACCACGAACUCAAUUAUUUUAAAAGAUUAACUUCUGAAAUGUUAAAUAUUAAAUUAAAAAAUAAUAGCAUUAACGUUAUGCAAGACACAAUUCUGUUGGAUAAUAUAUAUACUUGCUGAUUUUCAGUCGAAUUAAUAACCAAUAAGAGUUCUCUCAUAUAAAUAGAGUUACUAUCUUAACUGAUUUUAACUUUCUUGACUUGCGUAUAAUUCCCUCAAUAUUGACGAUAAUCCCGUAACGACAACAUCGAAAUUUUAAUCUCAGUGCGGCCUGGAGCCUACCGGACAAUUAUUUUAACUUAAUACAUCGUCAUACGCACAGAGAAAUGUCGAUCUUAGAGCCAUGUCGAGCGACGUCGAAGAGACACAGCAAGUAGAGAAGCCCUUCGUCGCGGAGCGCGCAAAGACCGGCCGCGCAAAAUGUAGGAGAUGUAAAUGCGCGAUUGAAAAGGGCGAGCUGCGAAUCGCCAAAAUGGUAACUAACUUCUUCACCGACGGCAAACUGAUGGCGUCUUGGCACCAUGUCAACUGCAUGUUCGACGUGUUCGCUAAUCAGCGGGCUACGACAAAGAAGAUCGACAAUCCAGUAGAAGACGUGAAAUGUUGGAACGAAUUGUGCGACAAAGACCAGAUGAUCAUCCUCAACAAGCUAGGAAAGUCUUCGAUUAAAGUUUCGAAAAAAAAUACGUCACCAAAAGAGGAUCUUUCGAGAGAGUCGUCGAAGAAAAAAUCAAAUAAAGAAUCAAAUAAGGGCGCGACAGUUACAACAAACAAGAAAGAAAAAGAUAGAAAGAAAGAUCGAAAAGUAGCGUCGGAGGAUGACACUUUUCGCGAGUUUCAACGUGUUUGCAAGAACGUUGCUGACAACGACGCGUAUACCGACAAGACCGCGAUUAUUAAAAGGAUGUUCACUAACGGAGUACAUAGAAAUGGUUUUAAGGGUGACAUCGUGCUUUGGUGCAAGCUUCUGUUGCCAGGAGUUGUAAAGCGGGUGUACAAUCUACAGAGCAAGCAACUGAUAAAGUUGUUCGCACGAUUGUUGCUUCAGGAUGAGGAUGCGAUGUUACAACAUUUGGAGCAAGGCGAUGUGGCUGAGACAAUUAGUGUUUUUUUUGAGAAGAGUGUUGCUGUGUUGCCUUGCACUACAAGCGUUCUAACGAUUCAAGACGUUGAUCUAUUUUUGGAACAGUUAUCGCGUUUGACAAAAGAAACGGAGCAAAUCAAACACUUCCAGUCCAUUAUCAAUAAAUGCACCUCUAACGAUCUCAAGACGAUCAUACGUCUGAUUAAGCACGAUCUGCGAAUCAACGCCGGUUCGAAGCACAUUCUCGAGGCGGUCCACGCUGAUGCAUACAGAGCUUUCCAGAUGUCACGGGAUCUGGAAAGAGUGUUACAACGUUUCCUGCCAAAUUUGGGAAAAGAAAAGCCUCGCGUCUUGGACUCAAGUCGCGAUAAAGUGGCCAUUGCGCUGAUGACACCUGUGCUACCGAUGCUAGUAUGUACACAUACAGAAUUGCUGCCGAAUUAUUUAAUCGCUCAACAAUAAUAUACAAGAAAACAAAUCAAAAAGUUUAAUGAACUUUUAUCGUUAUCGCACGAUUAAAUGUGACAUACUGUUUACACUUUGAUGAAAUGUAAUCUGCAUAUACAGACGA